GAGAAACUUUUCACUUUUCAUUUUCCAUCCUAGAGAUAAAGUUUCAUGAUUGAUAGCGAGAACUCCAGACUGCUUCAGACUCCAGACUUACUAGUUACUAGAGGAUCUAACCUAAUUCUAACCUAAUCCUAAUCGUUGUCAUUUGCAAUGUUUGCAUGUGCUUAAUGAUUUUCAUGCAAAAUUGAUUGGAGUGAGUGAUUGAUCAGAAAACGUCCAUAAAGAAUAAUGGGGAAAAAUAAGAAAACGCGUAAAGUUGUAAUGCAGAGAUUUGCUCAAAUGAAAAGGAUGAUUAGUCUGAGUGAUUCACGAAUAAAGCCAGAAAAGCGAUUGCCAUCAAAGAAAACUCCGAAAGAAGAUAAGACUAAAAUAAAAAUUACAGAAACGCCACAGCAAUCCUCUGCAUUAUUCUUUCAGUAUAACACACAACUUGGACCACCAUAUCAUAUUUUAAUUGACACAAACUUUAUUAACUUUUCUAUUAAAAAUAAAUUAGAUAUAAUAGAGAACAUGAUGGAAUGCCUUUAUGCAAAGUGUACACCAUAUAUAACCGAUUGUGUAAUGGGUGAGUUAGAGAAGCUUGGACAGAAAUAUAAAUUGGCAUUGAAAAUUAUCAAGGAUCCACGAUUCGAAAGAUUAAAAUGUAUGCAUAAAGGAACCUAUGCAGAUGAUUGUCUUGUAAACAGAGUGACACAACAUAAAUGUUAUAUUGUUGCAACAAAUGAUAAAGAUUUGAAAAGAAGAAUUCGAAAGAUACCAGGUGUACCAAUAAUGUACAUAUCUCAGCAUAGAUUUACAAUAGAAAGAAUGCCGGAUGCUUAUGGUGCACCCAAGAGAUAAGAGUAAAAUUUAUUUUAAAUCAAUUUUUUUUAAUGGUUAUUUCUUGUACAUGUGCACACAAAGA